AUGUCCAACAACCCCGAGGCUACGACGUCGGGCGCGGAUGGCGCGGACCCCUCCAGGCGCGGGGACGUCAGCGAGAUCGGCAAGCUCGCGGUGUGGUCGGUGACGUCCGCCAAGCCCGGCAACGGCGUCGAGCUGCUCAGGGACAACAGCCUCGACACCUACUGGCAGAGCGACGGCGCGCAGCCGCACCUGGUGAACGUUCAGUUCCAGAAGAAAGUCCGCGUGCGCGAGCUCUGCAUCUACGCCGACUACCGCCUCGACGAGUCCUACACUCCCAACAAGAUUAGCGUGCGGGCGGGCAACUCGUUCCACGACCUCAGGGAGAUCAAGACGGUGGACCUGGACGAACCCUCGGGGUGGACGCGGGUGUCCCUCGUCAAGGACGAGAACGAGCCCGGGGCUCUCAACGGCGGCGACGGCGAGUGCCUGCGAACGUACUUUCUGCAAAUCGCCGUGCUCUCGAACCACCAGAACGGCAGGGACACGCACGUGCGGCAGGUUAAGAUAUACGGACCGAGGACGAGCCCGGAGGCGAUGAUCGGGCAGGGCAUGCAGUUCACCACGCCGGAGUACGGGCAGUUUGCAACCGUGCGGUGA